UUUCGGUCCUACCGAUUGUUUUUCUCUCUGUCGUCUUCACAGCGAAUAUUCAUCGAAGCAAUUCCUCCUCGGAGGAAAAGAAAAGGAAAGGAAAAGUAUCUGAAGAGCGGAUCGUAUUUAUCGUCGGUGAAUCGAUCAUCAUCGGAGGAGGAAGAGGGUGAAUUCGAAGAAGGAAGGUUGGGGAAAAAAUGGGGGACCAUCUGGUGAGGGCGGAGGAAUUCGAGAAGAAAGCAGACAAGAAGCUCAAUGGCUGGGGUCUAUUCGGAUCUAAGUACGAGGAUGCUGCCGAUCUCCUCGAAAAAGCUGCUAAUUCCUACAAACUCGCCAAAGCAUGGGAUAGAGCAGGAGCAACUUAUGUGAAGAUGGCUAACUGUCACUUAAAGUCAGACAGCAAACAUGAUGCUGCUAAUGCCUAUGCUGAAGCUGCCAAAUGCUACAAGAAAGUAAAUACAAAUGAGGCUGCAUCUUGCUUAGAGCAAGCAGUUAAUAUAUUUUGUGAGAUAGGAAGGCUCAGCAUGGCUGCACGAUAUUAUAAGGAAAUUGCUGAGUAUUAUGAAUCUGACCAGAACAUCAACCAAGCUAUUGCGUACUUUGAAAAGGCAGCUGAAUUCUUUCAAAAUGAAGAAGUAGCCACUUCUGCUAACCAGUGCAAAUUAAAGGUGGCGCAAUAUGCUGCCCAGAUGGAACAAUAUGAUAAGGCAAUCCAGAUUUAUGAAGAGAUAGGCCGCCAGUCCCUUAACAACAACUUGCUGAAGUAUGGAGUUAAGGGGCAUCUUCUCAACGCAGGCAUAUGCCAUCUAUGCAAAAGCGAUGUUGUCUCCAUUAGCAACGCUUUAGAGAAAUAUCAGGACCUCGAUCCAACUUUUUCAGGGACUCGGGAGUGCAAGUUCUUGACGGACAUUGCUUCUGCCAUUGAUGAGGAGGACGUCGCAAGGUUCACAGAUGUUGUCAAGGAAUUUGACAGCAUGACUCCUCUGGAUUCAUGGAAGACAACAUUGUUACUAAGGGUGAAGGAAAAGCUGAAGGCCAAGGAGCUCGAGGAGGACGAUCUUACCUGAAAUAUCUUAUCUCUCCGGUGAUUUAUUUGCUUCCAAAAUCAUGGGUUUGGAUCAUGUUCUUCUGUUACUCCACAUGCUUCUGACUUGUCUUUAUGUUUAAAGUGUCGUCUAAAGUACUCUAUAUACUGCGAGAUUGUGUUGUUUCUCAUCUGAGUUUCAGUUCAAGAGGUUUGCUGGACAUGUUUCUGUGAUAUCAACGUCAAGGUUUGUCCUGGUUUCAUUA